CAUGUCCAGCACGUAUUUCAAUGAAAUCUGGCAUCAGUCGCAGCAUGAAUGCGAGCUCUUGUCCACCAUUGACUAUGAGCGUCAGCAUCAGGAUGUGGAGACAACGGUGGCCACCAUGAAUGCAGCCGUGGGCUCGGUGGCAGCCGAUGCCGAUGCCAAGGCCCUGCUGCAGUCGAGUCUCUACGAGUUCUAUUUGAGAUACAUUUGCCUGAGCAAUCGCCUGGAGGAUGUCUAUGAUAAUAUGAUCCAGCCGCAGAAGCGACAGUUGGUGCGAAAACUUCUGGAUGCCUGCCUGGGGCGUGUCAUAGAACUCAAGCACGAUCUGGUCAACAUUGAUCUCAUGGAGUUCAGCUACAACGACACAGUGGUGGACAGACUUCGUCUCACGCCCAUGGAGACGGAGCUGCGUGUGCCCCGCUACUUUCUGCGCGAGCGGCAGCAUGAGCUGGAGUUUCGCAAGCGAACCAUGCAGGAGAUACUCGUCAAGCUGGGCUGGCUGGAGGAGCACGAGCUUGAGGAGACGGUCACCACGGAGAUCGAGGCCAUACGCAUGCUCCAAAUGCACGAGCGGGCACGCCAGGGCCGGCUGCGCGCCCACUUCAUGAAGGAGAUACGCAUCCUCAAGGAGAAGGGCAAAUCGGAGGAGCGCAGUGAGAAGGAGCGCAGCGAUUCCGGCCUGCUGGCGGCCAUGAAGAUCCAGAAAAUGUGGCGUGGCCACACAGCACGCAGGAUAACGCGCCGCCGCAAGAUGGAGGAGAUGAUUCUGAUUGGCAUGCUCCCUCCCCCCGCAGCGGUGCUCAAAGAACGCGCCGAGAAGCUGGAGAAGCUGCAGCACAACGACAAGCGCUACGAGGCGCAGCUCGUCUAUGGGGAACAGUUCGAGACGCGACAGCGGCUCGUCCAGGAGGAGAUUCGACAGAAGCACGGGCCCAGCAUGAAGGAGGACAUUGCUGACGAGAUCCGCGCCUGGGUAAAGGAUUGCUAUGAGAAGACGGGCAAGCUGCCCGACUUUCCCACGGAAGAUCAAGGCGGCUCACUGCACAUCUUCAGCCGACCAGGCACCGAGAGCGAGCACAGCCGCUCCUCUGCACGAUCCUCCAAAGAGUCGCGCAAGACCAAAGACAAGUCCAAGUCGCCGGCACGCAGCGGCGAUCUCAAUGUGAAUGAGAAUCAGGAGGAGGACGUGAGCUUCCAGCCGGCACCAUCCAUCUGCCUGCCCGACAUACGCACGGAGAUUGAUCUCUUCAAUGAUACCUGGCGGGACAAGGACGAGACGGGUGUGCUGAGUCAGGCUGCCUACGAGGACAUGAUCUACAGCGACAAGUACCAGGAGGUGGAGCUCGAAUUCCGGCGCGCUGUCGACGAUGUGAUGCGCCAGGAGAUCGAACUGCUGCAGACGGCAGUGGGCAAGAAGAUCAAGAAGAGCAGCAAGAAGACGCGUCGCUCCGGCAAGAAGAACAAGAAGAAAAAGGAGAAGGAUCUGACGCCUGACCGCACCACAGAGUCGCUGUACGAGGAACUGGUCACCAAUGGCAUUAUCCGCAAGUAUCCGGAGCUGAAGCUGAAGCAAUUUCUGGGCGACAAGGCGCUGACCGCUCGCAAUGGAACGAAUCCAUCGCCGGGCGAUAUACGCCAAGUCCUCACGGAGUACUGCAUCCUGCCACUGGGCUCGGAUGCGAUACACAACUGCACACCGCUGAUACGUUCCAUACUGCUGGCCGGUCCCCGGGGCUCGGGAAAGAAGGCUCUGCUGCAUGCCAUUUGCACGGAAGUGGGCGCCGUGCUCUUUGACCUUACCCCAGCCAAUAUUGUGGGAAAAUAUCCGGGCAAGUCGGGCCUCAUUAUGCUCAUCCAUUUGGUGGUGAAGGUCUCCAGGCUGCUGCAGCCAGCUGUCAUUUACAUGGGCGAUGCGGAGCGGCCAUUCAUGAAGAAGAUACCAAAAACCGAUCGCACGGAUCCUAAGCGCCUGAAGAAGGAUUUGCCCAAGCUGAUCAAGAAUAUUGCGCCCGAGGAUCGGGUCAUAUUUGUGGGCACCUCCAAUCUGCCCUGGGAGGCGGAUCAAAAGAUGCUGCAGUCGGUGUACAAUCGUUUCAUUUACAUUCCCCGCCCCGACUAUGGGGCCAUGUCGCAUGCCUGGAAAACGCUGCUACAUGAUUACUCUGGAGGUGUGUCCAAUUUGGACACCAGUGCCAUGGCGAAGAUAUCCGAUGGCUAUACCAUAGGCGCCAUCGAUGCCUGCCUCAAGGAGGUGAUGACCUGCAAGCGCAAGCUGCAGCUGCGCACCCAACCGCUGACCAAUGCAGAGCUCAUCAAUGUCCUGUGCACUCGAGAUCCCGUCUAUCGCGAAGAGGAGGAGGCCUUUGAGUCCUGGUGGUCUAAAACCCCGCUGGGACGUCGUCGUCAGCGUUUUCUGGAGCUGGAAGAGGAGCGUCUCAUAGAGGAGCAGGCCCAGGCGGCCAAGCAGGGAAAUGGCAACAAAAAGAAAGGCCUCAACUGACUGAUUUGCAUAUAUAGAUAGUGAUUGCAUUAU